UGGGGCGGGAGCGCAUGUGCGGAGCGGCCGCGGGGUGAGCGCGGGGCCGGCGCGAUCAGCGCGGAGCCGGCGGCAUGAGCGGCGUGCCGGGGCUGAAGGAGGACUUCGAGGAGCUGCUCGGCGCCUUCCAGCAGGCAGACACCGUCCGCUUCGAGCGCUUCGCCGAGCUGUGGCGGGAGCGCCGCUUCCACACUAUCUUCUAUGGUAGAAUAAGAGCUUUGGAGAGGAAUAAGCUCACAAAGAAGACUCUAGAUCUGGCCCAGCAGUACUUCUUUCCCCCCUACUCCUUCCAGAUCCGAGUUGGUGCUCUGUACCUUCUGUAUGGGCUCUAUAAUGCCCAGCUUUGUCAGCCAAAACAAAAGAUCAGAAUCGCACUCAAGGACUGGCCUGAAAUCCAGAAAUUUCAGCUGGAUCUGCUUGACUCCCAGCACUAUGAUGCAGCCUAUAUCUUUAGGAGACUGCGACUUGCCAGAGCCUUCCAUUUCACAGCAAUGCCAAAGCUACUGACCUACAGAACUAAGAAGAAGAUUGAGGAAAAUUAUUUUAAAGAAGAAUUUAAGGACCCGAGUAACAGAGUAAACAGCCUCAUCACUAAUGAUGUAUUGGAGGAACUGAUGAAUAUUCACGACCACUAUCAGAAAAUGAAGUGUGUCAUUUCAGCUGACAAAUCCCAGCCAGACAAGGCCCUGAGCUUGAUAAAAGAUGACUUUGUGGUUAGUCUCAAAGACAUAACCUUGGAACAUCAGGAAUGGCAGCAGAACAGAAUGGAGUUACUCCGAAAUUCUAAAGUAACUAAUGAAACAGAAGACAAAAAGAAAGAAGAGAUUUUCCUACAAUCAGAGGGUUCUGAAAGAGCAAAUGCCUUGGCCAGAAUCAAAUACAAGUCUUAUUCUGCAGUUGUUGAGGUUUCCAAAUCCAGGAGACAUCGUCAAGUGCAGUUGGAAUCCUCUGAAUCAGGAUCCGGUUGUGGGAAGUCUCCAAGUCGAAGUAAAAAAGCCAGCAGGAGACCACAGCCAGCAAGGAGAGGCUCUUCAGAAGUUAGAGGUGAAAUGCAAGUGGCCAAGGAAACUGUAACUCAGCAUAUCGGGAUGCCAGUAAUCAUAGAAGAGGACUCAGAUGAAGGAGGAGUAUCUCUCCCCAAGAGGAGAAGACUGUUUUAGAGGAUGCAGUUGGAGAAGCACUAAUGUUAAUUUUAAUGACAAAAUGAAGAUGUCAGAGGUAACACCAAGUGCUUGUUUUGGAUACCUUGGAACAUAAAAGAAGUGUCUGGGACUAGAAGCACAGGUGAUGUUGGAAUACUGGUAGUGACUGGGAUACUUCAGCUGUCUUGUGGUGCCUUUAUUCACCUGGUGAAUGCUUCUUAUGGGAGACUGAAGUUGCUGUAUCCUGGCUGAGGUGGAAAAAGAAGGCUCAGAAAAUAUUUCCCCAUGUAAGAUAUGUCUAUAAUCCCUUAUCUGUGAACAUUAGGUUAUUGACUGUUGAAAAUUAGUACAAUAAAUUAUUUUUCAUGGUUGACUUGCUCCA